UGUUAUUCCAGGUCGAACUGUUACGACUAUAAAAGAAACAGUCAGGUGAAUUUUCUGUUCAGACGAAAUAGGUGUACAGCGAGACGAUGACGCUGACCACGCUACCGUGGUUUUGUUUCAUACUCUGGCUGCUGUUUGGGUCUUCUCAAGCACUUCUUAUUUCGAACACAAGCGGCUUCUUAAGAGCCUCUUCGACACAAAAAGACCUUUCUUUGACUCAAUCGAUUUUCGGAUGCUGUCCAACAUCUUUUGAAGGAUGGUGUUCUGCAGACAGUACAGCUGCAGAAUGGCUUGAAAUCUACUAUGAAUAUCCUGUUUUGAUUUCAAAACUUAGUCUGUUUGCACCAAACCAAGGACAGAGUUAUGCAAAGCAGUUUAUGGUUGAAGUUGAAACAGCAGAUUCAAAACCAGGACAGUUCCGAAAAUGGAAAGACACAGUAAAACUUGAAGCAAAAAAUGGUUCAGCAGAAAUCAAUUUUGGGAAUAUUCUUGCCAGACGAAUUAGAAUCAUAGUUGUUGAUUUUGAAACAAAACCAUGCUUUCGUUUUAACUUAACAGCUUCAGAAACAAAAGAUCUCAUUCCUGUAAAGAACAUUCCAUCCCCUUUAAUAGAACUGGAAUACAUAUCUGAAAAAAAGAUGAUACUACACUGCAAACCGAAUGUUGUUGAAGUCCCUGGAAUUCUCUACAACUUUAGCGCAUACUGGAAAGAUGUACCUUUAUCAAAAUCAGCGUUUGUACAAAUUCCACAACUGGCUACAAAAGAAGUUACUGAAGAAAAUAUCUUUUCAAAUUAUUUCCGUUGUACCCUGACUGCUUGCUAUGCAUCAAACUGUGCAAGCACAACCAGCCUCCAAACCAACAGUCGUGCAUUUCAACCACAAGUUCAGAUUACCAAUGAGGAACCAAUCGUUGUUGUGGAAGGAGAAAAAGCAAAAGAUCUUCGUUUUAAAUGCAAUGUGCCACCACAUUUAGUAUGUAUGAAGGCUCAAAAACCUCGCAACUGCCCUGUGACCUUCAAGGUCAGUUCUGAAGAGAUGGGCGUUAAGUGUACAAACCAAAAAUUUCUUUCACAAAUAGCUUUUGGCGCCCAUAUGACAUCAGUAGAAACAUUGUGUAAUAUUUCAUUGACUAAAGAAAACUGGCAGCAAGACCAAAUGAUCCCAGUGUAUGGCAUAGCUGAUGGUUAUAUUGAUGGCAAUACAAUCACCAAAGUAACUGUCAGUGCUAAGGCUGAACACACACAACAGCCAUACAUGUCAGCUUUCACAAAUAUAACAACUAUUGACAAUGAGAAAUCUAGUAUUUGUAUGUCCCUGAAUCAAGCCCAAAUUUCAACAUUUGAUGGAAGAAUCUAUAACAACCACCUAGAAGGGGAGUUUAUUUUCUAUAAGCACAAGUCUCUUCCCUAUUCUGUGAAUGUCUUCUACCAGAACUGUACCGACAAUGUUACUUGCAGCUGUGGUGCUGCUAUUAAGGCAGGGGAUGAUGUCCUUCUCAUCGACAAGUGUCAGAAAAAGGAAAAUUCUGUAGAACAACAUUUGAAUGUGAAAUUAUACCAAAUUGGAAAGCUGGAACCACAAUUUAGAAUUGAAAAAUAUAAAAAUGGUCAAUAUAAGGUCAUCUUACCACAUGGAACUGAAAUAUUCAUCAGUGACAGCUAUGCUAACUUUGCCAAUGUCUGGGUUUAUUCAUCAUUUCAUGACUUUAAUAACACAGAAGGUCUGUGUGGUGUAUAUGACGAUAAACAAGAGAAUGACCUGAUGCACUCAGAUGGGAGUCACACACAAACAAAUACAAGUUUUCCUACCAAGUUUUCUCAAAGCUGGAGAGUAAAGAAAAGCGAAAGUCUCUACAGUGGUGUCUGCCAAGCAGUUGACUCCAGGAAUUCAUCAACAAAAUACUGUACUAGCUGCACUGAUGCACAUAUGUGUGUUUCAAAACCGAGUCAGUUUCAGUCUUGCAAAACAACUGGAAGAGAUAUCACCAGUAAAAUGGAAUCCCCAAAACUUGUUCCCUACAACUGUUAUUCAGGUGUGGAAUCCGUUGAUGAAUUUGAUUAUAAUCCAGACUUUGUAUCAUCUAGCUUACCACCUUGGUCUGACGAUGAAUUUAGUGAAACUGAUGCAAAAAAGUUCUGCCAAACAUAUUUGAAGGAUAAAACAUCAUUUGCUCCUUGUACCACCACUAUUGGGAUAAAUAUUUCCAGAGAAAUAGAAAGCUGUAUCACCAACAUUCAGAUUACAAAAGAUGCGAAAUGGGCUCCAAUAAUGUUGGAGUCUAUGCUGCUUCGUUGCAACAGAAGAUUGCAUCGCAUGGUGCUUGGACAACAAGAAGAUCGAAGAUUAAUUGAAGCCAUGGCCAGUAUAUGCCCCAAUGAUUGUUCUGAUAAUGGAAAUUGUGAAAAAGGAAACUGUCAAUGCAAUGCACCAUAUGCUGGAGAUGACUGUUCUGUGAACUUGGAAAUGGCACCACAAAUUACAUAUCUUCAAAAUAAUGGCAUUUGUCAUGAUCUUGAAGGAAAUUCUUGCACAUGGGUGUCAGUAUAUGGUGGCCCAUUUUUGGAAAACCAAACUGAAUGCCACAUAUCACAACUACAGUUGAAGCCUGGUGGUGCUACUACAGUUUCUAAUAUGACAAAAAAGGCUAUAUUUGCAAGUUAUAAUGAAGUGAAAUGUCCCCUACCAUCUAAAGGCUAUUUCAGAGUGGCAGUUGGCUUCAAUCGAAAUAAAACAAGUAACUUCAAAACAUUUAUGAGUUUCAACCCUAUAUGUCUCGACUGUGAUGUAGAGCUUGAAACAUGCAUGCAGAAGAAUGACACUUGUAUUAUCAAAGGUGAAUGCUAUAUGGCAAAGGAAAAAAGUUUUCCAUUCUCUGAAUUUGAAUGUAACCCAUCUCAGAAUGCAACAAAUUGGUCAAAAGCUCAAGUCCCAUGUAAUCCCUUAUGGUCUGUACAAACGGGAAAGAAGAUUGCUUUCCAUGACAAACUUAUUAUUGGCAAUGUUUCAAAUGCAGACAUUUGCCGCCAGCACUGCAUAAAAGAAGUUAGAUUUGUGUGCAUGUCAAGUGAAUAUACAGAUAAACAGAAAGAAUGCCGCUUGUCUAAAUACCGAGUAUCUGAUGCCAUUGAUUAUUUCCUCUCAUCAAAAGAUGAACUUGCGGAGUUAUAUUGCAGAGAAGAUUUUUGUAAGUUAAAGAAGAGGAUGUUUGAAGCUCAAAUGUCUAUGGCUGUUGUUGGCUCCUCUAAUUUGAAGAUCAAUAACGUUUGGACAUCUAACCAGUGUAUGUUCUAUUGUAAAAACCAAUGCCAAUACGCUACAUUCAAUGCUAAACGCCACCUCUGUCUUCUCUAUAACAAAACUGAUGUAAAAAUGAUGCAUGCAAUUGGCUGGAAUACUUAUACACUGAAAUGUGGAAAUGCUGACCUAAGCCCCAAGAAGGAUGUUCCACCACAAGCUGAAGAAGUGAAAAUAAUGCCAUCAUUUAAUUCUACUAAUGACACCCUCACAUGCCACUUCAAUGAAUCUUCUCUACAACAAGAUCCUUCAAAUAUGAUAAAAGUGGAUUACAUCUGGGAGUUUGAUAAUCUUGAGGUACCACAACAAGUCAGCUCAAACAUAUUACCUAAAGAAUAUGUCAACAAAUUGAAAUAUGGUUCCAAGGUUCGCUGUGCUGUAAGUCUCUGUUAUGAGGAGAAUUGUGAAGAUUCCCGUAGUACCUUAAGCUGGAGUGAAAAAUACAUAGCAGAAGUCAAGGUGACAAACCUCACUGAUGAUAUUGUUCUUAAAGAAGGUCAUGAUGGGGUCUAUUUUAUGAUCCAAGCCACAGCGCCACCAAAGAUAUUGGGUGCUGAUGUUCUGAGUGGUGACAUGAAAUUUUGGGCUGUAACAGUUGAUUUUGAUUAUGGUGUAAACAGCUCUGUUCUAAGGUGUCCAAGCGGUGUAGAGAUACCACAAGUUGUUUUAGCUUGGCAUGUUAAAGACUCUCCCUCUAUAAGGUCAUCUUGCCAGAUGAGUAUUCAAGCUAACAACUGGAAUUCUGUGUAUGUUUUAAACUUGAAAGCUGUCGCUGAUAACAAGAUUGAUGGGAACAAACCUGGAUAUUUCAAAAUGACCUUCAGCUAUAAACAGAGCAGUUCAUCAAGUAUAAAUCUAAAGGAAGUAACCAAACAGUUUUCUGUGAUUGAUUUGGACAGACCAGCCGUGUGCAUGUCACUGAAUGACCCCCAUAUGACAACAUUUGAUGGAAGAUAUUAUAACAACUUCUAUCUAGGAGAAUACAUUUUGUACAAACACAAAACACUACGAUUUGAAGUGAGGGCAUUUUACCGGUCAUGCAAUGGACAUGCUUCAUGUAACUGUGCUGUGGCCAUCAAAGUUAAUGAUGAUGUUUUUGUUGUCAGCAAAUGCAAUGCAAGCCACGCGGUCACUUCAACAUAUGAACCAAUAACAUUUAAGAUGUAUCGGUUUGGAACCUUGACCCCUGGAUUUAAAAUUCACAUCCAUGAUGAAGGCCGAAAAUUUGUGAUAACUUUACCAACUGGAACAAGGGUGAUCAUCCGACCAUCAAAUACAUAUAUCACUGACUUCAUUAAUAUUUGGAUAAAGCCAUCAGCGGCUGAUUUUGGUCAAACUGAAGGCUUAUGUGGAACUUUUGAUGAUGACAAAAGCAAUGAUUUAACUCUUCCUGAUGGCACUGUUUAUAAAGGCGAAGGACUGCGACCAGAUACAUUCUCUUUGGCAUGGCGAGUUGAUCCAAAAGACACAAUCUAUAAUGGCUUCUGCCCAGAAGGAAAGGAAGAUUUUGAAAUAAAUGAACUACCAUUGUAUUGCUCUUGCAAAUCAGGAAGUGGCACUUGUGCUAAUGAUAGAGACACAUUUCUCUGUCCAUUUGAAAAUAGUGGUAAAGAUAUCACAAGGGACAUGUUGCAACGACUCACUUUCCCUGCUAAAUGCUUGAAGAUAGUUAAUCUGAAGCUAGAUCCUCCAUUCGCUUAUGAUCAAACAUAUGUUCCCCAGACAUAUACUUGGCCAACAAAGAGUGGAAUGAUAUUCAUUGAUGCUGAACACACGUGCAGACGCUCAUAUAAAGUAAUUACCAGCUGCAAGUCUCUCAAAGGUGUUUACUAUGAAUUAGGUAUAAAAUCCUGUAUUGAGGACAUUCAGAUGACUGAUGAUACCAAGUGGGCAUAUAUUGUAAGCGAAAGCAUUAAGGAACAAUGUGAACUAGUCGUUCAGAGCGAUAUAAGUUUGUGGACUAAAGGCGGUCAACUCCCAUUAAAUUUUACACAACAUUUUUGUCCUGCUGUCCGAUGUCAAAGCCAUGGUACCUGCGUAAAUGGAACCUGCGAAUGUAUUAAAGGGUACGCUGGAGUUGACUGUUCAGAAAAUAUAAACAAACCUCCAGAGCUGAUUUUAAUGGAAUCUGAUGGAUUCUGUGAUGAACAAUCAAGGGCAUGUGAAUCUCUCAUUGUGUAUGGAAAUAAUGUCCCAAGUAACCAAAAUUUAACAUGUAAUUUCAAAAUUCAUAAAAAAUUUGAACAGACUGGAAAAACAAUAACAGUACCUGCUCGUGAAAUCACAUAUAACAUCAUUGAAUGUCCAACGGAUAAAAUAUCCAGUGCUGAAUUCUCAGUUUACCUAAAUUCAAAUUUGCAACUGAGCAGCAAUACACUAGAUGGCACUAUAGUCCAUACAGGAUGUUUUGAAUGUGAUGAAAAUGAUAGAAAUUGUGUCUACAAGGCAAACUCAACAAGAAACACUGGAACUCAGGAAACCCAUUGCUACAUUGACUAUACUUGUUACGAGAAAGGAGAAUUCAACCAUAAAGAGAGUCGACUGUAUUGUGAUCCUGAAAUUGAUGCAAGAGGCUGGCAAACAUCUAAAGAUUUAUGUCAGGGUUUGGAAUUGAUUUGGAGGAGACAGAAAGGUGCUUUCCUAAAUGUGAAUUCGAAAGAAAUUUUGGACUCUGUGCAAGAUAUCAAUGCUUGCAAAAAGGCUUGCAUCUCAAAACUGAAAUACACUUGCAAGUCAAUCAACUACAAUGAAAAACUUAAAAAAUGUUAUCUGAAUGCUGAAGAUUUUGUUGACUCUCCAAGCAAGCUUGAUACAUCUGCUACAGAUUCUGAAUAUCAUGAAUGGCAAUGCAAAAAUGAUCAUUGCAGCAAAAGAGGCUGGAUGGUGGAGCAAAAAAUUGGUUAUUCCAUUGCUGGAUAUAACAAUAAGGUUAUUUCUAAUGUUUCAUCCUAUUCUGAAUGUCUGAGAUUAUGUAUACAAGAAACAAGCUUCUGGUGUCGAUCUGUUGAUGCUAGCAUUCCGUUCAAAAUGUGCUAUUUAUCUUCUGCCUACCGAGCAUUAUAUCCAUCAAUGUUCAUUAAAUGGCCCUACUAUGGUUAUCUGGAAUGGAAGUGUAAUGGAGAGUCACUAAGUCUUAUAUUUACACCACCAACUGUGAAUGUUUCAAGGAAAGACGAUAAGAUUCAAUGCCAUUUACCAAAUCUUUCCAAAAAUGUAACCAAUGCAACUUACUAUGUUAGAUGGAUGUUAAAUGAAGAUAUUGUUGACCAAACGACUUUGAUUGCAAAUGAAAGUCAAAAUGUCAUUACUCUUAAUGAUAAAUUUACAUCAAGCUUGUUACCUGGAACUCAGGUUAGAUGUAGUGUUAUCAUCUGUGACAAAAAAGAUUGCCUGAACGGCAGCGUUUUUGAAAAAACCAGUGAACCAUUAACUAUGUCAAUAGAGGUAAUUUCACCAAAGUAUAUUGAGUUGAUGGAAGGUGCUAAUUCUACAGAUAUCUUACUUACAACAUCAGUUCCAGCAUCUUUGUACUGUGGGCAGUUUUGUAACAUUCGUAUAUCAGUUGCUCUUGAGGAAACAGAAAAUGGACAUAGAUGUGGGCAGAAAGUUGCUCAAGCUACAACUUUAUUGAAAGGCAUGAAAUGCAUGUACAAGAUACCCAAAGACAAAUGGUGGUUACCCCUGGCAAUACCAAUCAAGGCCAAAAAUGAUAUGAUUUUAGACCCAGACCAAACUAGACAACUCAAACUAACUGUACAAGCCUAUCAGAACAAUUCAUUUGUAAAAAACCUGAAACAAGAAACUUUGAAGUUGAAGAUUAUUAACAAAGACAGACAAGCUGUUUGUGUAGCUUUCUCACCAAUUAUAACAAACUUCUAUAGCAGAUUUUAUGAACAUCUAUAUGCAGGAGAAUUCCUACUCUACCAUAACAGAGAGUUUCAACAUAAGGUCCAUAUCUUUAACAGAUAUUGCAAAAACAAGGCUACUUGCACUUGUGCUGUCGCUGUACAAUCUGGUGUCGAUGUUGUUGUCUUUAACCGAUGUUCUCCAAAUCUUGAUUCCCAAUCAUGGACGCCAUUCCAACUGAAGUCUUAUUUAAAGAAUGGAGCGAACUUCACAGAUGGAACAGAAAUAAGAAGAAUCGCUGAUGGCAAAAUCUAUAAGGUAAUUUUCUCAACUGGAACUGUGCUAACUGUCAAUGUUGGUACAAUACCUCACUACAUCAGUGCUAGAAUUGAAGCCUCACCUAGUGAUGCACAAAACACCGAAGGUUUAUGUGGCAUGUACAGUGAUAAUGGCAUGACUAACCAAAUCUCUCCCUUGUUGUAUAGAGUGAACUCAACCAGCUCAAUAUACAGCGGUUACUGUGGCAAUGCACAAAGUCUACCUGAACCUGAAUACUGUGAUUGUAUCGAUGGAGAAUUACCUGUUUGUGGGAAACAGCAAGACAGAAUAUACUGUCCACGAGCGGACGCUAAAAGAGGAAGAUAUGGUGUGCGUCAAGAAUUGUAUGAUGUUAGUCACCCAAAAUGUAAUUCAGACCGAAUUGAAUUCAAAUAUGAAAAUGAAGAUCCAAAGAUAUUUUCUUGGCCGACAGAAUCUGGUAUCAAUAUAUCCCUUGCAAACUCAUUAUGUCAAGGAGUUUUAUCUACUUUGCUUUCAAAAUGCCAAGCCCACCCUAAUGUAAGCAGUGCUUUUGUUUCAUCCAUCAUCAGAUGCAUGAAAAAUAUCCAGAUAAGAGAUGAUACGCAAUUGACAGUAGCAGUUGCAGACAAUCUAAGAGAUGAGUGUCAACUACACCUGUUAAAGAAUACAAACUUUUCUAAUAUAAUAACCAAUAACUUUUUCUGCAUAAAUGACUGCACAAAUAACACUUUAUUGUGUAAUGAUGGUGAAUGUGAUUGUACGCAAUCAUUUCAAGGAGCAGAUUGCUUUAUAAAAUCUCCACAAGUUGAGGUAAAAGAAUAUUCUGAUGAUGGUCUAUGUAACACCCAGACUUCCAAAUGCGAUAAGAUACAUGUCUUUGGAGAAUAUUUCACUGAGAGCACUGUUUUCACCUGCAUAUUAAAAGAAAUUCAGAUACUCAAUCAGGCUUAUCAACCAUUAUCUUCUGCGGAGAUCACAGUCAAUGCCAUCUUUCUUGACUUCAACCACAUUCUGUGUCCCCUUCCAAAACAGACACAGAGUUACACAUUUUCUGUUGGUGCUAACCUGAUAUUUACUUCAAAUUAUGUUUUCCAAGCAUAUGAUCCAGCAUGUUUGACAUGUACAGCUGCAGGAAACUGUUCUUUGCUUAAUGAUCACUGUCUAAUUAAUGACACAUGUUACAAUUUCACUGACAAAAAUCCCCAAAAUGACAAACUUGUCUGUGACCCAUAUGUCAAUGAAUAUGAAUGGUCUGCACUCCAAGUGUACCCUUACAUCCGGGAACAGUCAUCACUUGAGGUGGAAGUGGAUGAAGAAGAUGAUUUCAAGUUUGCCUGCAAUUUUGUAUACCCAAGGACUCCAAACAUACAAGUUUUUAUCAACUGGUAUAUGGAUUCGUCUUUAAUCAAAAAAGAACCCACCCAGCUUGGUCGAUCAAUUUCUCUGCUGUCAAUUGAAAAUGUAAAAGACAUCAAAUAUGGUUCAAAGUUUUCUUGUGCUAUGACUGCAUGUUUCAACAGCAACUGUUCCUUCACCGAAAGUCCUCCAAGACGAAGUAAUGUUAUUUCUGCUGAAAUUGAGGUAAAGCAAAAGAAAAUGGUGAUAGAAGAAAGCACCACAGAUAACUACAUUCAUGUCAGAAGUGUUAUUCCACCAAAAUAUUUUUGCCCAUCUUAUACCAACACCUCAUGUGCAUUAACUGCUACAGUUUCAUUCAAGAGUAAGAAGAAAUUAGCAUGUUCAGAUAAAAGCAGCAUCUACCAAAUGGUGGCGGAACAAGAAGAGAAGUCGAGAAAAGGAUGUGGUUUUCAGAUUAAUUUUAAAUGGACAGCGAUUGCUGUGAGAGCCACAGCAGAUGGUUUAUAUGAUGGAAAUCAAUCUGUUAUUAUAAACCUUUUACCAGCAAUUAUGACAAGCAAAGAAGAAUUCACAUUUAAUAACCAAUACCAGAUUAAGACAACAGUUGUUGACAGAGAUAGAACAGCUUUGUGUAAUUCUCUUAAUGAUCCACACAUGAGCACUUUUGAUGGACGGCGUUAUGACAAUUUCUAUGAAGGUGAAUUUGUUUUAUAUCGGCACAAAACAUUACCAUAUGAAGUUCAUACAUUUUAUCGGAAAUGCAUCAACCGUGCCAGCUGUAAUUGUGGAGUUGCGAUACAGUCAGGUCUUAGUGUUAUUGUCGUUGAUAAAUGUAGUACUUCAAAACAGAAAAAAGUACCACUUACCAUUAAAAUAUAUCAGAGUACUAAACUUAAUCCACGUACCAAAAUUAUACAGUCAGCUAGUGGUCAACAGUAUGAGUUUCGGUUACCAAUUGGUACAACAGUUUACGUGAAGGUGGGACGAGGUGGACAAAUGUCCUACAUCAAUGUUUGGAUGAAGGCAUCAACAAAUGAUUUUAACAAAACUGAGGGACUGUGUGGAACGUUUGAUGGUAAUGUCCGAAAUGACCUUUAUUCACCAAAUGGAACUUUAUUCAAUAUAAAGGGUAGAAGACCAGAUGCAUUUUCUCUCAGCUGGCGUGUUAUGAAGAAGAACAGUAUCUACCGUGGAAUUUGUUCCGAUGACCGAGCUAUUGUAAAACCCAAGGUUUUCUGUAAGUGUGAGGUUGGCAAGGUCCCAGCACUCUGUGACAAUCAUUUGGAUGCUGUUUAUUGUCCAGCAGCAGGAAACACCAAGAAACUCUCAGAUGGUAAAGACAUAACUGAACAGAUAGUGAAAAAAUUUAGUUUUCUGCCAGCCUGUAAAUCUAAUAUCAAAGAGUCAUUUGAAUAUGAUGAGAACUAUACACCCAAGGUGUACGAAUGGGAAGCUGGAAGAAAAUGGAAUCAAGAGAAAGCAUUCAAAUUCUGUACCCAGCAAAUGAUUAAAGUCAGAAAGGCAUGUGAUAAUCUACCAGGAGUGAAUAUAGCUGCAAGUAUUGAAAAUUGUGUUGGAGACAUCAAAAUUACAGAUGAUUCUAGUUGGGCGCUUGAUGCUUUGGACAAUGUCAUCAUGCAGUGUACUCAGUAUUAUCUUCGAAAUGUAACCAAAUGGGAAACUGUAGAUGGUAACAUAACUGCAAAAGAACUUACAUUCUGUAUCAAUGAAUGCAGUGGCAACGGGAAGUGUGUUGAUGGCAUUUGCAAAUGUGAUAAUACCUUCACUGGACCAGACUGUUCAAUAUCAACAAAUGAAGCUCCCAAACUACAGGACAUCAUACCACAACGUACAGAUCUGGCAAAAAUUUCAUCGGUUAAUAUUUCCAUUGUCAUUACUGGAGGUCCGUUUUAUAUGCCAAAUGUCUACUAUUGUUAUUUCAAAGAAGCUGAACUGCAAUUCCCAGGAAAAACUUACACCAAUGAAACUGACAAACAAAAAUUUACAAGAUCUCAGGCAAUUUUCAUCAGCUUUGAACAGAUUGAAUGUAUUUUACCAACAGCAGAUUCUUAUUUCAUAUUUAUUUCGUCUGAAUCCUCCAACCUUCAGUCACAUAUCUGGUUUCAUCAAGUAUUCAGUUCUGACUGUUUCCAAUGUCGUCCUGGGAAGAUUUGUACUUUAAUGCAAGAGAAGUUCUGUUAUAUUGAGGGAGAAUGCUACACUCUUGGUACUAAAAAAGAGGGAGACGUAAAUCUUGUAUGCGAUUCCAGCAAAAAUAUUACAAUGUGGACAGAUAUCCGAGAUUUUCCACAGUUGACAGCUGAUGUGAAAUUGGAAACAUCUUUCAAUGACAGUGAUGUAAAGAAUCCUGAAUUUUCGUGGAUUUGUAAAUGGGGAGAUGCCUUAAAUAACACUCAAAACCUUGAAGUUCAUCUGAAAUGGUUCGUUGAUGGAAGAAAUGUGACAUCAAAUAAAAUAAAUGAUAAAACUAGAACGUCUUCCACAGUUAGUCACAGACAACUUCUGUCAUACUUAAAUUAUGGUUCAUCUGUAUUUUGUGCUCUUGAAGCCUGUGAAGUUUCAAAAUGCCCCAACCAAAUGAGUCCACUUGUAAAGAGUAAUGUCUUCAUCCUUGAGCUUCGGCUGAUGAAUAAGAAAAUGGUCAUCAUAGAAGAAGGAGGACCUUCUCAGAUGAUUGGAGUACAAAGCACGUUCCCACCUUUUUUAAUAUGUGAUCAGAGUAUUGAAGAAGAUAAAUGCUUCUUAGAACUGGCUAUAAACACCAUGAGUCGACCAAGUGAUGUCAAGUGUCCAGGCUCAAAGAAAAUAAUUCCACAAGUCACAGCAAAAUGGCAGAGCACCAAUAAGUUAAUAGCAAGCUGUUUCAAAACACUGACCUUCUUCAAUUGGAGGGUUACCCAGCAAAUUGUUGUCAAAGCCACAGUGGACAAUAUCCGAGACAAAGAUCAAAUACAAGAAAUUGAGAUACUGCUUAAGAACCAAAAUUCAAAUCGAAUAAACAGAACCUCCUUAGGAAAAGUAAAGGUGAAAGCUAUCGACACAGAUAAAAUGGCUUUGUGUAAGUCAUUGAAUGAUCCCCAUAUGACCACUUUUGAUGGAUCUUACUACAACAACUUCUUUGAAGGUCCUUUCAAUCUCUAUGGACAUAAAACCCUCCCAUACGGUGUGCAAGCAUUUUAUAGAAAAUGUGGAGUCAGAAAUGGUGCUUCCUGCAACUGUGCUGCUGCCAUAAGAUCUGGAGAUGAUGUAAUUGUGUUUGAUAGAUGUGGUUCCUCUAAAGAGUCCAAGAAAGCUAACAAGAAAUUGGAUAUCAAGCUGUUAUUAAAUAAAAAAUUGACAAAAGGAACAAGUAUUGUUAAAAAGAACAAUGGCAGAGAAUAUAGGGUUAACUUACCAACAGGUACAAUUGUAAUUAUACAAGUUAAUGGGAGAAACUUCAUAAAUAUUCAAAUACAGGCUUCAACUCUGGACUACAAAAAUGUCAAUGGCUUAUGUGGCUCUUUUGAUGGCAAUGCAACAAAUGAUUUAACAACAAGCGACAACAGAACCAUUAAACAUUCUAUGUUUCCCAAUAAUUUCUCACUUUCAUGGCGAGUAAACCAAAGUGAUUCCCUCUAUGCUGGAAUUUGUUUGGACAAUUCUGAAGAAGAAGAACAAGAAGAAGAAGAAAACAUCUGCAGUUGCAUGGAUGGUCAAGAAAUGUGUUUCCCCAACCAGGCCACCUACUCGUGUAGUCAGGGAGGAGAAUUAAUUACAGGUUUAGGAAAAAAUAUUCUAAAAGACGUCCAGAUCAUCUCCCUUGACUCCAACUGUUCAAAAGAAAACCGUUCAGUUUUUGAAUAUGACAAAGAUUUUAAACACAAGGAACAUAGUUGGCCCACACCUUCAGGUUGGACAAAGGACAAAGCAUUGAAAUAUUGCCAGGAUACAAUAACUAAUUCUGCAUCAGGCAAGAGUUGUAUAACAGUUGUUAAGAUCAAUUUUGCUGAUGCAAUAAAAAGUUGUGUUGAAGACAUCAAAAUAUCUGAUGGAACCACAUAUGCUCUUGCAACACUGGAGAAUAUGAAAAUUGAAUGCAGACUUGAGACUGAAAGCAACACUACAUUCUGGAUCCGAGACAAUGACGGAAAUACUCAACUACCAAAAACCAUAGAAAAGCUUUGUCCAUUGGAAUGUAGUAAUGGCGGAAAAUGUGUUGAUGGAAAAUGUGUCUGUCCAAAGAACAAAAAAGGAAUGGACUGUUCCAUAGAUAUGAAGAAACCACCAGAAAUUGAUACUCCUGAAAUCAUGAACACCUGUGACGUAUCAAAACAAAACUGUUCAUCAGUAGUGAUUCCAGGAUCCAAUUUUAUCGAUGAUGGAUCAUUAUACUGCUACUUCCAACAGAUAACUAUCUAUGAGAAAAAAGUUAUUUACAGCAAGAAAAAUUACAUCGUGACUGCCCAGUAUCUCAACUUCCUGUCAGUUUCCUGCAAACUACCAUUUGAUGGAAGUUUCUUUGUCCGACUCACCAACAAUAGAUUGAUCUUCAGCAUUGGAUUCAACUUCUUGCGCUAUGAACCGCAGUGUGUUAGAUGUGAGGAAGAGAUGUGUGAAUAUAAGGCUGGCCACUGUUUUAUUGAUGAAAUGUGUUACUCCCUUGGGAAUAAAAACCCGAAAGAUGACAAAUUGUACUGUGACCCAGAUGUCAGUGUUAACCAGUGGACCAAGUUGGCCAAAUACCCUGUCAUUGAAACAACUUUGGAUAUCUUCACUAGUAAAAAGGAGAAUGGUAACUUUGAUGUUGUCUGUCAAUUCAAUGUAUCAGCCAAAGCAAAUGUGCAGCACACUUUGAUCUGGUUUGCUGGAAGUGAAGAACUCAAACAGAAAGUGCCUGUGGCAGAAGGCAGAAGUAUUUUAUAUUCAAGACAACUGACCAACUUUUCUUUAGGAAUGACGAUUCAAUGUGGUAUCCAGUCCUGUUUCCAAGAUAGAUGCAAUGAUUCUUUAAGUCCUGUACGACGCAGUAAAACACUAUUUGCUGGAUUCAAGGUGGACACAAAGUCUCUAACUGUUGUCGAGGGUGAAAAAGAAAAGCACAUCAAAAUUGUUUUAACAUUCCCACCAAGUUUCUUCUGCAAAAUUGCUGACCCUGAAUUUUGUAGCAUUACACUUGUACCAAGAUUCCAAUUAAAGAAUGAAUAUAGGUGUGAAAAUCUCCAAAUUAUGCAAGCAGUGGUCGGAUUCAACACUUGUCAAAAGAACACAUCGUGUUGUGCUCUACACUUCACUAUGGAUAAUUGGAACCAGCUAAGAACUCUACCAAUUAAAGCAGUCGUGGAUUCAUUAAGAGAUAAAACCCAAACCAGAAUACUUGAUAUUUCAGCCUCUCUUGUGUAUAAAGGUGAUACCAUAACAAAAAGCUGGGUCACUAAUGUAAAGGUAACUAUUGUUGAUAACAGUAACAGUGGAGCUGUAUGCAAAUCUAUAAAUGAUCCCCACAUGACAACCUUUGAUGGCAAAGCUUAUAACAACUUUUUUGAAGGAGAAUUUGUUCUGUACAAGCACACAACUUUGCCUUAUGCGGUUCAUGCAUUCUACAAAAGUUGCUUUGGUGCUGCUUCCUGCAACUGUGCUGUUGCUGCACUGUCUGGUGACGAUGUCAUUCUGAUUGAUGGAUGCGGCUUAGAUAGGAAAGCUUCAAAAUCAUCUCCCUUCAAAAUAAAAAUGUAUGUUAAUGGAAAACUGACACCAGGAACACGAGUGAUCCGAAUCUCCAGCAAAAAUUUUAAAAUCCAGUUCCCAACUGGUGCUUAUUUGUUGGUAAAAUUCAGAUCAUGGACGAAAAAAGAUAAUUUUAUGAACAUUUGGCUUUAUCCCUCUGCAUUUGAUAACAAAAAAACACUUGGACUGUGCGGAACAUUUGAUGGCAAAAAAAGCGAUGACUUUGUCAAUGAAGAAGGAAAACUCCUCAGCAGGAAAGCAUUUUCUCUCAGCUGGAGAGUCAAACUUGAAGACACCCUCUACAAUGGAUACUGUCCAGAAGAUUCUGAUGAAGAAGGAAAAGAAGAAGAAAAACCAACUGAUAUUUAUUGCAAUUGUGCAAAUAAUAUGAAUGAAAGCUGUAGCAAAGAUAAAUACAUUUUCAAAUGUGACAGAAACAUCAAAAAGAAGAAAGGGACUGAUAUAACAGAUCUAUUAUUGGAAAGUAAAUUCACUCCUAUGAAAUGCGUUGUAGAUGUGCCACCAGUCAAUUUCACUUUUGAUAUUAACUACGAACCACUGGAACCAGUAUGGCCCACUCCAUCAGGCAUAACAAAAUUCAAUGCAACCCAGAUAUGUGAAACAUUUAUAACAUCAAAGAAGUCUGGUAAAGUAUGUAAAGAUAUUGUCAAGGAACAUUUUGCGACAUCUUUGGAGUCUUGCAUUGAAGAUAUUGGUUUAACAGAUGAUAUUUUAUGGGUUAAUGCUGCCUUAUCAGACAUCAAGCAAAUCUGUGAGACGGAAAUAACAACUAACCCUGAUCUCUGGGUUAAAGACAACGCCACCAACAUUCUGAAACCUCCCCAAGACAUUGAAGAUAUUCUUUGUCCAAAUGAGUGCUCAAAUCAAGGAAACUGCUCUGCAGGUUUCUGUAACUGUUUUGAGGGCUAUCUCGGUGCCGAUUGUUCCAUCAAUGCUACCACUCCUCCAGUCCUUGAAGAAAUCACUCUUGGAAUGUUAUGUGACACCCGUAUUAGAAACUGUUCAAAAGUAGCCAUUAUUGGAAGCAAUUUUGUCAACACAGCAAAAUUGACCUGCCAUAUUACAGAAAUCAAGUUUGUAAAUGGCAAAAUGACAAAAGGAUCCUCAUCAUCAGUUCCAGCCAUUUUUGUCAGUUCUAAUCUAUUGAUUUGUUCUUUCCAAUCCAUCCAAUCAUGGGAGAUCUCAGUUAGUUUCCAUAAAAACAUCAAGAGCAAUGUUUUACUUUUCUUUGCAUUUGACUCGCGUUGCACCACUUGUAACACCAACAGUUGCCAAGAAAGAACUGAUAUAUGUCGAAUUAAUGGUAAAUGUCAAGAACCAGGAGAAAGCUUUGAAGAUGAUUUAAUCAAAGUUUGUAAGCCAGCUGUUAGUAAAACUCAGUGGACAAAGAUUACAGCUGACAUGAUUGAUAUGAAACGUGUUCACAUUACAAACAUCAUCGGUGAUACAUUAACCACAACACAAGGAAAUAUGACACUCAUUGGAAAGCCUUCUUUGGUGGAUGGCUGGAAAGGUGGUUUUGCAAUUAAUUUGAAGAAUGGACAGUGUCUGCAAACUGAAAAUUAUUUUUCUGAAUUCUUUGAAUGCUUCAAAAAGAAUAGCGUCAAAUGCCUUUUUGGAUUCACUAUGAAAUUCUCUAUGAAGAUCAUGAAGCAACAAGAAAAUUCUUUGAUAUUGUCGACUGGUUCUGAUAUAUCAACUUCUUCAGGAAUGUUUAUGUAUUACAAAAAGAGCAAGUUGAUUGUAACUGUUGCUACAGAGCAUUAUACUUGGAGAGUCUAUAUUAAACUCAAAAAUAUUAGAGAUUUCUCAAUAUUUCAAAUUAGUUGGAGCAAGUCCAUGGGAUUGUCCCUCCACAUCAAUGAUAAAUAUAAAGUAAAAUCUGGAAAAUACUACUUCUCUAAUACACCAAAGAAUGUACCUACAAAGAAUACACUGUCCAUAAACUGUGAUGUCAAGAUGACACAAAAAUAUUCAGAUAUUACUUUUGGAAGCUUCAGUGUAUGGCUAGCAGAACAGAGAAUUUUGGAUGCCUUAGUAAUAACCACAGAUGAACCUACUCUAAAUGCAAUGCCUGUUCUAAAUUUGAAUCACUCUGAAAAGACUAUGUUUACCUGUGCAUUUGAAAUGAUCAGAAGAAAAGAUGUAUCAUACAGUGUGAAAUGGUAUGUUGAUAAUAAUAUGAAAAACGAAGAACCCAUUGAAAGAGGGAUUUCCCAAAUCUCAUGGAAUCAGACAGAAUCCUAUGCUUAUCCCAUCGGUACAGAGGUGUUUUGCGAGAUAAUUCCUUGCUUUACAUUUGACUGUGCUAACACUGUUGGGCCAUUCAGACGGAGUAAGAAGUUUGUAUCACAACUAACUGUACAUGGAGAUUCAUUAACUAUUGUUGAAGGUGACACCGAGUAUAUAUCUAUCAGUACACCAUUACCACCAAGAAUGUUCUGUCCUUUAAAACACCAAUCAGCCAUUGCUUCAGCAAUAGAAAUCAGCAGUAGCAUAGAACCUCAAAAAAUGCCUUGGCAGUGCUCAGAUGGUAAACCACUCAUUCAGCUUGUCUUUGGUUACUCAGCCAACAGGAAUUGCACUGGAACAGCUUGUCCAGACAAAAUCACAAAUGCUAAGAGUAGUUGGAUGAACAACAAACUGCGUAUUCCUUUGAAAGCAACAGUAGACAGCAUCAAAGAUGGCUCCCAACAACUGACAUUGCUUCUAAAUGGUGACCUCAUUUGUAGUAAAAGUGUGAAAUCAAUAAUGAAGGAUUAUAAAAUUAAAGUGACAGUAAAGGAUAGAUAUACACCUACAUGUAAAUCAGUUACUGAUCCACAUGUUACCACUUUUGAUAGAAAGUAUUUUAAGUGUUUUGAAGUUGGAGAAUUCUUGAUGUAUCGACAUCAAACCCUUCCUUUUGCAGUGCAUGCAUUCUACAAAAGCUGCAAUGGUCGAGCAUCUUGUAAUUGUGGUGUUGCAGUGCAAUCUGGAGACAAUGUUAUUCUCUUGGAUAGAUGCAAAGGAAGUAAACUAAAAAUAAAAAUCUUUAAAAGCAGUGAUACUUUACUCGCUGGAACAGCCAUUCACAGAUUAGCAGAUGGUAAAAAAUAUGAGAUUCAUCUUCCAACAGGCAGCGUCAUUUUUUGCCAACUUACUUCAACAUUUAUAAAUCUCUGGAUGCGAGCUUCUCCAAAUGAUUUUAAUAAAACUGAAGGUAUGUGUGGUAAUUAUGAUGGAAGUACAAGAAACGACCUGCGAAUGCCAAACGGAAAGCUUUAUGUUAAAAAGGACAGUAAACUACGAACUUUCUGCCUUGCCUGGAGGUUAAAUAAAACCGACUCUCUUUACAAUGGCUACUGUCCAGAAACUGAAGAGAAAAACGACACUGUUAUUUAUUGUCAGAAUGUGAAUGGCACAAAGAGUAAAUGUUCAGCAACUGGUGAUGUUAAUUUCUGUUAUCAGAAGAAAAAAUCAAAUACUGAUGUAACUGAUUUCUACUGGAAAGAAGCAGCCUAUCCAAGGAAGUGCUUGGGAGAAGAAUCGGAAGAAUUUGAAUAUGAUGAAGACUAUGUUGCAGGGGAACAACCCAAUGUAACUCAAAGUGGUAUAACAGAAGACCAAGCAAGAGGACAAUGUCAAACCUUCCUUUCUCUCAAGAAAUCAUUUUCUUCUUGUGAAGCAGUUAAAGAUCUCAAUGUAGGAACAUCGGUGGAAGCUUGUGUGACUGACAUAAUGAUGACAGACAACUUAGGUUGGCGAGAGGCCAUGUAUGAAGACAUCAAAGCACAGUGUGAGAAUCUUUUGAAGACAGACACUGAUAAUUGGAAGAAGGAUAAUAUCAGUGGUACCAGCCAGCCACCUGACACUGUCGAUACAAUUUGUACUGAUGAUUGCAAUGGAAAUGGUGAAUGUGUGAAAGGAGAAUGUGUGUGUACUGGAGAUUACACUGGAGAAACUUGUUCCGUUAAAAAGAAUGUUCCUCCAAAACUGGAUAGCAUUGAAGGUGGGAACAUCUGUGAUAUCAAUCUACCAAAAUGUCAGAAUAGGAUUCAAAUUUCUGGAGAAGGUUUCACAGACAAAAUUAAUCUCACAUGUCGCUUCAUCUCUUCCGCGGAUGGUAAAUCUUUUUAUACCCAAGGAACUUUACUCAGCACCCAAAGUAUCUACUGCAAAGUGCCACCAGCGAGUGCCUACAAUGUGUCUGUCAGUAACAAUGGUAUCACUUGGAGCAACGCUUUGGUCUAUAUUCUCUAUGACUCCAAAUGUUUCUCAAAUUGUACAGUUACUGAAUGUAUUACCAAAAAAAGCAUUUGCACUAUUAACAAGGAGUGUUAUCCUCGGGGAUAUGUGGAUGUCACCAAUUUUACCAAUGUUUGUUAUCCUGAGAAGUUACCAAAUAGCUGGUCCAUUAUUAACAAAACCGACAUAAAAAUAUUCCAGAAGGUUCUCAAUAAAAGUUUAAUAAUAGCAAAUUUCUCACAUCAGUUGAACAUAGUUGAAGGACCAUUUGGUGAGCCAUCAUUAUCCAUAAAUGGAAAAAUAAAAUGGAUAAUUCUUACCGAGUUACCAAAAUGUUUGUUAAAUCCAGAACAUUGUCCCUUAGGAGUAACCUUCUCCUUCUAUUUGAAGCUUCAUAAAACUGACAAAACUUCAUACAUUAUAACAACAGAAAAGGACACGUGUGGUUUGAAUGUAAUGUAUGAUAAAAGACACUUGAUAGUUCGGCUUCAAACUAUCAAGAAAGAAUGGCUCAUAUCUACACCUAUAUCUCUAAAGGAAAAAUUUAUUGAUGUACAAAUUUCUUGGAGUGAACAAUUUGGCUUCUCUUUGAGUAUUGAUGGGAAGAUGAAAACUUCUACAAAGGUGUAUACAUUACUAAAAACCAUGAAGUUACAGUGCAGUUCAAAGAUACUGAUUGGGUCCGCGAAUGUGAAAAGUUACUUCACCACUGGGAGCUGGAGAAUAAUUACAGCCGAAAUAAAGAUUGUUAAGGCUCUAAAUGUGUUCACAGAGCCCCUAAAAUUCCCAGAACGGCCAACAAUUAAAUUCCAAUACAAUGAAAAAGCAGAUGUUAUUACAGCCUUUUGUAAUUUUCAACGUCUUGCACAUGACAAUCUCCAUUACUACGUGCAGUGGGGCUUGAAUGAUGUUAUCAUUUCUGAUUCAUCAGUUUUACCAGAUGGCCAGUAUUUCCACUCAGUUAAUGAAUCCAGUAUGAAACAGCUGAAGCUCAGAGACAAAAUUUAUUGCCAAGUUUCUGCUUGUGUGAAGUCUAACUGUGCAGCCACAAAAACAUUUUGGAGAAAGAGUUUAAUGUUAGAUGUUCUCUUUGGGCUAAAAACAAAAACUUUAACCAUCAAAGAAGGAGGAAAAUCUGGUUUCAUUGAAGUCUUUUCCACCAUUCCUCCGCGUCUCUUAUGUCGUACGGAAGACCGUAAACAGUACUGUCAAGUUCUUGUAGUACCAGUUAUUGAACAGAAAUCCUCAGAAUUAAAGUGUUCCAACAAACUUUCAAUUACCCAAGCUGUGUUUGCUUGGCAAGGAAAUCUGGAAAACGAAGAGAACUUUUGCAAGUACAACUUUGAUACAAAAGGCCAUAAUAAUACCAUGCAUAUUCCUGUAAAAGCAGCGAUAGAUGGACUUAGUGACAAGAAUCAGAAGCGACAAGUAACUUUGACUAUUGAAAUACUCUUUAACAGUAUUGUAGAAACAUCUGUGGAAUUGGGUAGCACAAAAGUAACAAUCAUAGAUCGAGAUAAGCAUGCCCUUUGCCGAUCAAUCAAUGAUCCCCAUAUGACAACCUUUGAUGGAAAAUUUUAUAACAACUUCUACGAAGGGGAAUUUGUUCUUUAUAGGCAUACAACCCUGCCUUAUGUGAUACAUACCUUCUACAGAAGCUGCAACAAACAUGCAUCAUGUAAUUGUGCCGUAGCUAUUCAGUCUGGAGAUGAUGUGAUUGUAAUUGAUCGGUGUGGAGCAACAAAGAAGACCAAGAAAGGCUCAACAACAGUAAAACUAUACUUAAACGAUGAACUAACAGAAGGGACAAGAAUAAUACAGCUUUAUGGAGGUCGAAAGUAUAUGGUUUACCUUCCGACUGGGGGACAAGUUACUGUCCAGAAUUCCAACAGCCGUUCCAGUCACUUCCUCAAUGUUUGGUUUAAGGCAUCAGCUGCAGAUUUUGAACACACUGUGGGUCUUUGUGGAACAUUUGAUGAUGACAAAACAAAUGAUUUACUUACAAGUGAUGGAAAAAUUAUAAACUUUAAAACAAAAAGACCCAAAGAGUUUUCACUCAGCUGGAGAGUGAAACGUAAUGAGUCAUUGUAUGAUGGCUAUUGUCCCACCAAAACUAAAACACCAACAGGGCAAGUUUUCUGCCAGUGUAACCAGAAACAGGCUGCCAAGUGUGGAGUUGACUAUGAUAAGAUGACAUGCCAACAUCUAAGCAAAUACAAUAACAUAAAGAAGAAGAAAGGCAAAGGAGUAGAUAUCACUGAGAAGUUAAUUGAAGAAAGUAUUAUGCCAGCCAAAUGCAUUGCACCUGAAGAGAAAGUACAUUUUGAAUUUGAUAGUAACUAUACAUCACCAGAUGUUUCUUGGCCAACACCUUCAAACAAAACCAAAACAGAGGUUGAAGAGUUUUGUAAAACGAAGAUUUUGUUUUCUACUGCUGGAUCAAAAUGUAAGAAGUUUGAAAAUGUCAAUGUUGAAACAACUAUUGAGGGCUGUAUUGAAGAUGUACAGCUAACCGACACAUUUGACUGGGUCUCCGACGCAGUGGAAAACCUCAAAGAACAAUGCCUAAAUGAAAUAGAAACCAAUGUCACAUUAUGGGUGUCCACUAAUGAUACACUGGAAAUCCCUGAGGAAAUUUUUGACAACAUUUGUAUCAAUGAUUGCAAUAACCAUGGCAACUGUUCUCAGAGUAAUUGUAUUUGUGAAAAAGACUGGUUUGGAGAAGAUUGUUCAAUAUCUAUUGCCCAACCUCCAUCCGUUGAACAAGCAGAAUUGACAAAAUCCUGUUUAGUAAAUGCUUCUGAUUGUUACAUUCGUCUAAGAGGUUCAAGGUUUUCUGGAUCAUCUGAAAUGACUUGCACUAUUUAUAAAAUUAACGAAAAUCUCAGCGGUACUAAAUAUGUGGAAGAGAAGAAACUUGUUUAUGUGUCGAGUGAGGAGGCACUGUGCCAACUUCCAGGCUAUGGUUUAUUCAAUAUCUCUAUCAGGAAUUUUGCCAAUAGUUCAAUCACAAUUGUCACUGUUGUGUAUUAUGAUGGAAACUGCAAGACUUGUGACUUGAAAUUUAGAUGCCAAGACCGAGAAGAUGUUUGUCGAAUCAAUGACAAAUGCUAUCCCCAAGGCGUCAUUAACCCAGAGAGUCCUACUUUAUACUGUGAUAUAACAUUUUCUAAGACCCAAUGGACUCAAAUACGAUCAGAUAAAAUUACUUUUAUAAAUUUCCAGUUUCUGGAGAUUAAAGGUAAUAUACUAUAUCUACCAUCAAAUAACACCAUUUCCGUUAUUGGACAACCACAGUUGGUUCCAGGAAAAAGAAAUGAAUUAAUGCUGGUACUUGAUGGCAAAAAUGAAUACCUGAGUCUUCCUUACACAAAUCUUUGCUUAUUUAACCCUAACCUAUGUUCUUAUGGUAUUACACAUUCAUUUACGUUGUCUCUGCUUACUUUCAAAGAAAAUACUUAUAUCUUCACCACAUGUGGAAACAAAGAUACAUAUAAUGGUUUCAGUUUUUACUAUGGAAGCGAAGAGCUGGUGUUUUCUGUCUCCACAACAACCCAUGUUUAUAAAGCUAAAAUAGUUGAUAUUGACCAAGAAAUGUAUAAACAAGAAAAUGAAUACCAUCUUUCAUGGUCAGCAGAAGCAGGAGCAACUGUUUUUAUGAAUGGAAAAAUUGUUUCCAAGUCAUUAUCUUUGAAAAGGAAUAAGGCUAUGGUUAAUUACAACAGCUGUCCACUGACAAUUGGAAGAGAUGCCAUGGAUUCAAAACUAUAUACCAAUAUGAAAAUUGGAAACUGGAGAAUAUAUUUUGCAACAAGGACAAUGCUUCUAAAACUGGGAUUCCUUUUAGGAUUGCCUGAAAUCACAACUGAGCCAGCAUUAAAACUCCAUUAUGAUUCUGAUACUGAAAAGGUUAAUUUCACUUGUGAGUUCCCUCUUGUACAAGGUUAUGAUGUCCAAUACAUUGUUACCUGGUGGAUUAAUGGCGAAAUGAAAUUUCAAGAUCUAUCAGCAGCAUCAGGUAUUAGUGUUAUAAGACCUGGCACCUUCUCAUACAACAGUCAGAUCCAAUGCCGUGUUGCAGUAUGUUUGCGUGAGAAUUGUCAAGGAACCCUGGGCAAAAAGAAAGUUAGCAACAUCAUCAAAGUUUCAAUUGAGAUUCUAACGAAAGAACUGGUUUUAGAGGAAGGAAAACCAGCAAAAGCUAUUCAAAUCAAAAGCAACGUCCCUCCCAGCUUAUUUUGCACCAACGCAGAGAGAGAUGAAGGUUCUUGUAAUGUUCAGGUGAAAGCUACUGUGGACGGGAAGCGAAUGAAGAAAUGUCCAAAUGGUUUGAGUAUUAUACAAUCAGUGUUUCAGCAGACAGGCAAGGAAUCAAUGAUAAUGGAAAAUGUCUGUGGUAUUCCACUCAAUUCAAAGAAUUGGCAAACUGUUCAAGAAAUAUUCGUUAAGUCUUCUAUAGAUUCACUCAUCGACAAAACACAAGAAGAAAGUGUCUUAAUCUCAGUUGCAGUUCAUCUUGAUCGCUUCACCACGAAGUUGUUUAACGCCGGAAGAGUGAAAGUGAAAGUUAUUGACAUGGACAAAAAGGUUUUGUGUAAAUCCAUAAAUGACCCUCAUAUCAGCACAUUUGAUGGGCGAAAAUACAAUAACUUUUUUGAGGGUGAAUUCAUCAUGCAUCAACACAAGACACUACCUUUUGAGGUUCACAGUUUUUACCGUUCUUGUGGUGGAUUUGCUUCUUGCAACUGUGCAGUUGCAGUGCGCAGUGGAGAUGAUGUAAUUGUCUUUGAUCGAUGUGGUCCAUCAAUGAAAAAGUCCAAACACAAAAUUCCCAUGACAGUUAAAAUUUAUCUCAAUGAUGUACUGACCCCUGGCACAAAAGUUAUCAGCUUCAAUGGUGGCAAGAAGUAUGAAGUCCACCUUCCAACUGGGAUGGUUGUCAACAUCCGACAAAGCUCUAGUCGUUUAGGCAGUUUCCUUAAUCUCCAGAUAAAACCAUCAGCUGUUGACUUCAACAAUACUGAAGGUUUGUGUGGAACAUAUGAUGGAAACAAGAAGAAUGACCUAUUAAUGUCAAAUGGCACCUUAUAUACUGUAAUCAAGAAAAAGAAAGCAGAUCCAUUUUCUCUGAGUUGGAGAGUUGAACAGAAAGAUUCUCUUUACAAUGGAUAUUGUCCAACUGCAAAUUCUAAAGAAUAUGGUCAACGGUACUGCCAGUGUGUACAAAACAAACCAGAAGUGUGUGGUCCCAACUUUGAUGUCAUAAACUGUAAUGCACCAGUAGCAGUUCAGAAAGGAAAGAAACAGAAGAAAUUCUUGGGAUUGGACAUCACUGAAACCUUACUGAAGAUUGCAGAGACACCACAGAAAUGUUUAACUAAUAAACCACAGAUAAUAUUUGAAUACAACAGCACCUAUGUAGCAGAGGAAUUCCAGUCAAAUCUUACUGAAGCAGAGAGUAUGAAGAAAUGUUCUGAACAUAUUAAAAAUUCUAAAAUAGGAAAACAGUGCAAAUCCGUUGCAAAUAUAAACUACACUGAGAUUAUUUACUUCUGCAGUCAAGAUCUAAUGUUAACUGGAAAUGUGAUGUGGACAUUAGCAGCACUAAGCAACCUUGAAGAAACUUGUCUCACUCAAAUAAAGACCAACAUUACUGAGUGGAUAGUUCCUGAAGCUGGUGAACUACCUGAGUUUCCUUCAAAUAUAACUGAUGCACUUUGUUUGAAUGACUGUAGUAACCAGGGUACCUGUGAGAAAGGUGUUUGCCUGUGUAACCAACUAUUUGAUGGUGUUGACUGUUCCAUCAGUAUUGUCAAACCACCAACUAUUGAGACAACAUACUUCAUCAGAAAGAUCCAAGUUUUGAACAAAAUAAGGGACCUGGUAGUAACUGGAAGUGGUUUUAUUGAAGGUCCCAAUCUUACUUGCUCAAUCAGAGAAAAUAAAGAAAAUUCCCAAAUCUUUUACCUGAAAGCUAGUUAUAUCAGUUCUGAACAGAUCAUGUGUCCAGUACCCCAGAAAGGAACUCAGAAUGUUUCCAUCAGCAAUAGUAAUGGUAUCUGGAGUGUUAGCAUCACAGUUAAACAUUACAACCCACUGUGUGAAGAUUGUAACAAUGAUAAGUGCACUCCUCGUGCUGAUGUGUGUACCAUUGGAGGUGUUUGUUUCCCUAAUGGCGCAAUAAAUCCAGAAGACACUUCACAAGUCUGUAUUUCAUCAAAGAAUCCAUCCAGUUGGUCUGUACUUCAGUACCAAGACAUUAUUGUGAGGCAUUACUCUAUUCUAAGAAUUGAAGGUGAUAAUCUCAUAACUUUGAAUGGAAAACUUAAAGCAUUUGGCACUGUCAAAUUGAAGAAAGGUCCCUACAAAGGAAACGCAGUUGUACUGAAUGGAAUCGAUAAUUUCAUUGACAUGGGCAGAAAUCUUCCAUGCUUCAGUUCUUUGGAUCAAUGUCCACUUGGAAUGACAGUUCAUUUCAACUUAUUCAUUUUCAAUGUUACAGAAGGCAUGUUCAUUUUUGGAAACGGUGGAACUGAACCAACAUCUAAUGGGGUUAGCAUGUAUAUCUCCAAGGGAUUUUUGUUCCUCACACUCAGUACAAGUACCAAGCAGUGGACAAUAAAAACCAAAAUGUUUCCAGUGAAAAAAUUCUUCAAAGUAUUAUUUAGCUGGAGUGAGAAAUCUGGUCUUUAUCUCUAUUUUGAUGACAAACAAGUAGAACAUAAAACCAAAUAUAUUGACCGAGUUUCCACGAGGGCUAUAAAUUCACAAAAUUUAAUUAUUGGUGGCCAUUUCAGUCGAAAAUUUCCUGCUAAUAUUGCUAUUGAAGGAUGGACUUACGUUGGAAUUACACAGAAAUUCAUCCUUGAAAAUGGCCUCAAUUUUGACUCACCAUUCUUCAAAGAAAGACCAAUGCUAUCAUUCCAUGGAAUAAAUAUCUCUGAACAAUAUUUCCGCUGUUCCUUCAAAUAUCUGCAGGAAGCUAACAUAAGCUAUACAGUCACUUGGUACAUUGAUGAAAUGGUUGUUAACUCCUCACAAUUUCCCAGAUCAAACGAGAGUUUUUCAGAUAUUGAAAGUAAAUAUUUCACCGCAUUAACUUAUGGCAGUAAGAUCAAAUGUGGAGUGAAAGCUUGCAAGUCAUCAAACUGCAGUUUCAUCUAUGGUCCUGAAAGAACAAGUAAACCAUUUUCUGCUGAAAUUACUAUUAAAGAGAGUAAAAUGAAAGUAAUUGAAGGUGACCCAUCUGGAUUUAUAUCUGUUCAGUCCAACUUACCACCAUAUCUAUUAUGUAACACCACCACCAACAUCAACAACAAUGACAACACCUCUGAAUGCACUAUACAGAUUAGAACUUGGCUGGCAAGCUACAAAGAAUUUCAGUGUGGAACUGAAAGUAUUCCCCAAGCAGUGUUUGGUGCACAGUUUAACUCUGAGGGAAAGUAUGAAGGUUGCAUGUAUACAAUAACAGACAUUAACUGGAACAAAGUGUUGAAGAUCCCUAUCAUGGCAACCUUAGAUGGGUUACGAGAUAAAACUCAGAAAAGAACUGUUAUACUUUCAGGUCAAGUUGUGUUUAACGGAACGGUGGAGAUGGAGAAAACGCUUGGCUCUGUAGAUUUGAAAAUCAUCGACCGUGACAAGAGAAGCAUUUGUAAAUCGAUCAAUGAUCCUCACAUAACCACAUUUGAUAAAAAAGUCUAUGACAACUUCAAACAUGGUGAAUUUGUUCUCUAUCGCCACAAGCGUUUACCAUAUGCCGUAAAUGCAUUCUACAGAAGCUGUAAAGGUCGUGCCUCCUGUAACUGUGCCGUUGCAGUGAGAUCAGGUGAUGAUGUCAUACUGAUUGACAGGUGUGGAUCUUCGUUGAAAAUUAAGAAAAAGACUCUGACCAUUACACUCUACCAGAACGGAGAACUUACACCAGGAACUAAGAUUUAUCGUCUCAAUGGUGGGAAGAAAAUUAAGGUUGUUUUACCUAUUGGUACUUAUGUGAUUGCCGAAAAAAGUAAAUCUGGCAAAUCUGACUACAUUAACGUCUGGAUAAAAGCCUCACCGAUUGAUUACAAAAACACGGAAGGUUUGUGUGGAAACUUUGAUGGUGUUAAAGAUAAUGACUAUGUAACACCUGACUCUAAAGUUCUCUCAAUCAAGGCAAAACAACCAAAUAAAUUCUCCGAAAGCUGGCGAGUUUCAGUAGAGAAUACUCUCUAUAAUGGUUUCUGUGGAAUCAAUGAGGGUGAAAUGAAGCAUCCAAUUUUCUGUGACUGCAAGAAAGAGAAUUCAUCAUGCUUAGCAAAUUUGAAUCUUCGCACAUGUGACAAACUCCGCAGCAGCAACAACAAAAAAAGAUCAAAAGUAACAGAUAUAACAGAAAUUAUCCAGGAAACAAUGAUGGAAAGUCCACCCAAGAAAUGCAUUACAGAAAAUGUGACCACCAAUUUUGAAUUCAAUACCACAUUUAUUCCACAAGAAUUGAAGUGGCCAACUGAGUCUGGUAUCACUGUAAAGAUUGCGACUGAAAAAUGUCAAACUUUCAUAAAAAAUAAGACCUCUACCAAGGCCUGCUUGGAUGUACUUCCUAAUUCUGAUUUGGUAACAACAGUUGAUUCCUGCGUCACUGAUAUACAGAUUAUGGACAACUUUUUCUGGGUUGAUGAAGCUUUACAGAACUAUCUUCAGUUGUGCCUCAUUGAAGUAAACACCAAUGUUGAACUGUGGAAAAACGAUUCUUCAAAUGGCACUGACAAAUCACCAGCAGAAAUAAUUCAGGAUAAUAUUUGUCCAAGUGAAUGUAAUGAUCAAGGAAAAUGUGUUGAGGGUAUCUGUGUAUGUGAUAGCCAAUUUGAGGGUGUUGACUGUUCUAUAAACAAAAUCAAAGGACCUACAGUAUUUGAGCUGAAAACGAAAUUUUGUGACACAAAAGUAUAUAAAUGUAACAAAGCAAUUGUAUUUGGAGAGAACUUCUUAGACAGUUCCACUUUAACUUGUCAUUUGAUAUUUCAAAAUACUGAUUCACAAGUUCUAGGCCAGUACAUAACAAGUGAACAAGUACAAUGUCCCAUACAGCAAGAAGGUAAAUACGAGAUUUCAAUAAGCAACAAUGGAGUUCUGAAAAGUAGUGAAACAGUGGCCUUUACAAAGUAUGAUUCAACAUGCCAAAUAUGUACAGAAAAUUCCUGUUCCAAAAAGAGUAAUAUUUGCCAGAUUGGUGGAAAUUGCGUUGGAGAUUUUUACUUUAAUGAGAAAAAUUUUCUGGAAGUUUGUAUAUCAUCAAAUUCCUCUGAUGCAUGGUCAAAAUUCCAUGUCAAUCAAAUGCAACUAAUUGUUAUCAUUUUCUUGCAAAUUGAGAACAACGUCUUGAUCACAACAAGUGUUAAUAUUUCGGUGUUUGGGAAACCUGGCUUGGUUGAAGGACCAAGAAGAGGCAAAUACAUUGACCUUAAGCAAGAUGGACAAUAUCUUCUGCUAACUGGUACCGCGACUUGUUUGCAAGACCCCAGCUUUUGUCCAUUUGGUCUGUCAGUUUCAUUUGAUUUGAAAAUCACUGAUAUGAAGAAAAGCUUUACAAUUUUUUCAACAAGUAUGGAAACUGCCAAAGGACAAGGUGUCAAGAUUUUCUACUCUGAUUAUAAACUUUAUGUCAACAUUGUCAAAGGUAAAAAAGACUGGACAGUCUUCACUUCGGUGAAAAACAUGAAAAAAUUUUUCUAUGCAGGAUUUUCUUGGAAUGAGCAAUUUGGUCUGUCACUUCUCAUUAAUCAUAAGGUAGUUGCGACAGCGAAAUUUACUGAACAAGAAACAGCAGCUCCAAGAUCCACUCACAUAUUCUUUGGAACAACAUUUGAGAAAAAAGUUUUUGGUCGUUUCAUAACUGGAGCAUGGACAAUUGUUACUGCUGUAAAACAAGUAAGAGAAUAUCUAAAGUUGGAUACAGCGGCACCUGAACUUGAAACUGUACCAGAGAUCAGCUUUGAAUAUAAUAAUGACACAGAGAGCAAAAGCCUGAAUGCUUCGUGUCAGUUUAAACCACUGAACAGAAUUGAUGUCAGUUAUAUACUACUGUGGAAGCUUGAUGCUAAGGAAAUCAUUGAAGUACGCCUUCCAAAUAAUGUAAACAAACAUCAACUACAUGAAGACAUGAUUCCACGGUUCCAGUUUGGCAGCAAGUUAAUUUGUCAAGUAUCCACAUGUUUGUCUACCACGUGUGAUCUGACGGGCAGUAAAUGGAUAAACAGCAUACCAAUUGUACCACAGAUUUAUCUUAAAACCAAAACACUUACAAUCAGAGAAGGCCAAGGAUCAGCUGAUAUUCAAGUUCAAAUCGACUUCCCUCCACGUUUGCUGUGUGAACCAAAAGACAGAAAAGAGUUCUGCCAGUUAAAUAUACACCCGGUUCUACCAGAAGUAAAGACUGACAUCAAAUGUCCCCAAACUAACCAUUAUGUGAGUCAGGCACUGUUUGGUUGGAAAGGAAUGCCUUCUGACACGACGAAAUUCUGUCAGUACCAUGUGGACAUGAUGCUAUCACAUUCUGUCAUCACGAUCCCAAUCAGUGCAAGCCUUGAUGCCUUAAUUGAUAAGAAACAACAAAGGAAAAUCGAAGUGUUUGCAGACAUUAUGAUUGAUCAAAUAUCUGACUCAGUUAAAUCACUUGGGAAAGUUGAUGUCAAUAUUGAAGACAAUGAUUCAUUAGCAUUGUGUCGUUCCAUUAACGAUCCUCACGUGACAACAUUUGAUGGAAGGCGUUACAAUAACUUCUUUGAGGGUGAAUUUGUCAUGUACAGGCAUAAAACCUUACCAUAUGAGAUACAUACAUUCUACCGUAGUUGCAAUGGACGUGCUUCUUGUAACUGUGGUGUAGCUAUUAAAUCCGAUGAUGAUGUCAUUGUGUUUGACCAUUGUGGGGCAAGCGCUAAAACAGGUGUUACGAAAUCAAAAAUUAUAAGAAAGAUUUACUUAAAUGGAAAAUUGAACCCAGGAACUAAAAUCCUCCAGUUUGGAGAAGGAAGAAAAUAUCAGGUAAUUUUGCCAACAGGAGGAAUACUAACAAUUCAACUGGUUAACCGUAAGAAACUCUCUAAGUUUAUAAACAUCUGGUUUAAGGCCUCUGCAUUAGAUUUCCAGAAUACUGAAGGUUUGUGUGGAACCUUUGAUCAUAACACAAAGAAUGAUCUGUUAAUGUCUGAUGGACAGACAUUAACAUCCAGUAAAUCUCAACCAAAUAAGUUCUCGCUAAGCUGGAGAGUCUAUGAGAACAAUUCUUUAUAUGAUGGUUUCUGUGGAGAAACAAGUCAGAAACAAUCAGACAUAAAGAUCUAUUGCACUUGUGGUCAAAAGAUGCCUGCAAUGUGUGGCCGUGGGUUUGGUCUGAUGUCCUGUGAUGCUAUUAACAAAAGGAUGAAUAGCUCAAAAGUUGAAAUUAAAAAUGGUAGAGGAAAAGUAAAAGACAUUACUGAAAUGCUACUUGAAGAGGCUACUGUCACUGGGAAAUGUGUUUCAGCAGAUCAAAGAGAAAUAUUUGAAGUCAGCCAUAAUUAUACCAGUCCUGAGGGUACAUGGCCAACACCAAGUGGAAUCACAGAAGAAAAUGCUCGCAAGUAUUGCAUGGACUUCAUUCGGCAGAGCAAGUCAGGCCAAUAUUGUGAGAAAGUUAAGGAUGUGAGCUUUUCAAAUGUAAUAACCUCAUGUGUUGAAGAUAUCAAACUCACCGAUGACAAGUCUUGGGCUUCGUCUGCUUUAGAGAACUUAAAAGAACAAUGUUUGACUUCGAUUGAAAACAAUGUUGACUUGUGGAUAACAGUGAAUGGAUCAAGAGGACCACCACUAAAUAUUAUUGAGUCUAUGUGUCCCAAUGAUUGUAAUCAAAAUGGAAAUUGUAGUAAAGGAAAAUGUUUUUGUGAUAAAAAUUUCAUUGGAGAAGAUUGUUCCGUGGAGAAAGAUGUGCCACCAGACGUUAGUUCCUAUACGUUCCGAUGUGUUAAUAGUUCACUGUGCUAUAUCUAUAUCAGAGGUGAAAACUUUGUUAAAACAAAAGCUUUUAGUUGCAAAGUAAAUCACUACACAAGAGAUUACCAAACAAUUGUGAAGAAUAUCACAAGUUCAGCAAUUUUUGAAAACACAAAUGUUGCUUAUUGUACUGUUCCUGGAAUUGGUUUAUACACCGUGUCGUUAAGUAACACAGGAGUAAAUUACAGUAUUCUAAUGAGAGUGUUGGUUUACAAUGCCAACUGUGAUCACUGUAACUUUACAAAAGGCUGCACAGCGAGAACUGACGUCUGCAGAAUUGAAGAAUUCUGUUAUCUUCCUGGUGAAGUGAAUCCAGAAAAUCCCAUUGAGUCUUGCAACACUUUGAUUUCUAAAACAAGUUGGACAAAAAUUCGAGAAGAUAAAAUUGUUUUCUACGAUAUAAAAUUCCUCCAUAUCAACAGCACUUACUUGAUAACAAACAUCGGCAACUUCAAGCAAUUCGGCAAUCCAAAACUUAUUGCAAGGACCCAAAAUAAAAUUGCUCUUUCAUUCAAUGGUAUCAACCAAUAUGUCAUUAUCAAUCCAGACAUCGGAUGCUUGCAAAAUCCUGAAAAAUGUCUUCAAGGAAUUAGUUUCAGUUUCACUAUGACUUUCAAAUCUUUGAAGGAAAAUACCUACGUGUUUACAAACUGUGGCGAUGAGAGUACUUCUACUGGCUAUGCCCUCUUCUACUCUAAACGUAAACUAGUGUUUACAGUUAGUACAAGAAAACAAAUUUGGACUGUUAAUACUGAACAAAUUGAAUUGAAUCAAACAGCAGAUUUUGUAUUUUCAUGGAGUCAACAAAAUGGCAGUGUGAUUACCAAGAAUGGGAAACCCAUAACUAAAGCCGUAACAGUCCUCACUCGGAAGACUACUCCUUCAGGUAGUAAGUGUGACUUUAUCUUUGGAGGUGCCCAACCUAAGUCAAGUGGAUCCAACAGCCACAUUGUUGUAGAGGAAUUUAAACUGUUUUUGGCUUCCUGGAAUAUUCUCCAAAAAUUGGAAUUUGUUAUAGGCCGUCCAGAACUGAAAUCUCCUCCUACAGUUGUCAUAUCAGAAAAUAAAGAAAGCAAACAUGUUACAUUUACCUGCAAUUAUACUGCCAUAAAGAACUACAACACUAAUUACACAAUACAAUGGUUCUUUAAUAAAAAACUUAUUGAACAUGAAGUGAAAUUUAAUGGUGAAGUGAGUCACAUGGAAGAAAAGAAACUUCCAGAAAUCCGUUAUGGUAGCCAGUUGUACUGUAUGGUGACACCAUGUUCUAAAGAUGAUUGUCAGAAGGGCCAAGGAACAACAAAACAAAGCAAUGUUAUCAGUUUCGAAAUCAAGGUGAUAACCAAAGACAUCAAAUUAAGAGAAGGUUCAAAAUCAGAACCAAUAUAUAUCCAGAGUUUAGUUCCACCACGUCUCUUCUGUCCAUUAAUGUACCGAGAUGAAGGAUGUCAAGUUUACAUCAAGGCCUUCCUUCGAAAUUCAAAAUCAAAAGAGAUCAAGUGUCCAAACAAGGAAAAUAUUGUACAAGCUGUAUUUAUUUCCAAUCCACACCUCAGCUCUUCUAACGACAGCAACUCAACAAAGUCCUGUGGAGCCGUCUACAACACAAAUAAAAUGUCCUGGAAGGUUGAGACUUUAAUAUUCAUUAAAGCAACCAUUGAUGGUGUUAUUGAUAAAACUCAGCAACGCAGUGUCCAAAUCGAUGCCAUAUUUUCAUCCCAGAAUUGGUCCUCUAAAAUAAUUCUUGAUAAGGUUAAGGUUAAAAUCAUGGAUCAGGAUAAGACAGCUUUGUGCAAGUCACUAAAUGACCCACACAUGACAACAUUUGAUGGAGUCUAUUACAACAAUUUCUUUGAAGGAGAAUUCGUCCUCUUCCGUCACACAACCCAACCAUUUGCGGUCCAUACAUUCUACCGUUCAUGCCAUGGAGUGGCAUCUUGUAACUGUGCCGUUGCUGUACUAAGUGGAGAUGAUGUGAUCUUGAUAGAUAGAUGUGGGGCAAAAUCAAAGAGUAAAGCAUCAUCCAAGAAACAGAUUUCCCUUCAACUUUUCCUCAAUGGAAAACUUACACCAGGAACAAGAGUCAUCAGCCAGCAGGGUGGGAAGAAAUAUUCAGUGUAUUUGCCAACAGGAGGAGUUGUUACUGUUACUUCUCACAAUGAAUUUGUGAAUGUAAUUUACAAAGCUAGUGCAACUGAUUUCAAACAUACAGAAGGUUUAUGUGGAGUUUAUGAUGACAACAAGAAAAAUGAUCUUCGCUUCCCAAAUGGAACCGUUUACGCCACCAAGUCUAAACGACCGAAACCAUUCUCUUUGAGUUGGAGAGUUAAAAAGGAAAACACUUUGUAUAAUGGAUAUUGCCCAGAAGCUAAUGAAACUAUGUCACAGGAAGUUUACUGUCAUUGUGUUGACAAUCAGGAAUCAGUGUGUGGCACAAAUAUGGAUGUUGUUAACUGUGGAGAUUUUUCAAAACGAAAAUCUAAAGGUGUCAAAGACAUAACAUCAACUUUGAUUAAACAUGCCAAAGAACCCAAGAAAUGUGAGAAACUCCAACCACAAACAACUUUUGAAUACAACGAGACAUACGUUUCUGUGGAUAUUUCCAGCAACAUCACCUUAGAACAAGCCAAGACCUACUGUCAAGAAUUUAUUAUGAUCACUGAGGUUGCUAAAGUCAUUCAGAAAUUACCAUCUAUCUCUAUAGAGAAUUACAUAGAAUCUUGUACAACAGAUUUACAUCUAACGGGUGAUUUAGUUUGGAGAACAACAGCGCUUUUGACUCUGAAGGAAGCAACGAUGAUAACCAUCAAAACAGAAGUUGAUCUCUGGGAGAAGACAGAAGAAGGAGACGUGAAACUGCCAGCAAAUUUCACCAAAGGACUCUGUCUCAAUGACUGCAACAAACAAGGAAAAUGUUUAGAGGGUAUCUGUCAAUGUUCAGAAGAGUUUGAUGGGGCUGAUUGUUCAUUGAAGAAGACUGAACCACCAAAACUUAUUCAGAACACUGUCCUCAUUGAUAUCCGACUGACAAAGAUUCAAACCGUAAUAAUUACUGGUACAGGAUUCACUGACUCUGAAACCUUGAUGUGCCGACUACAAGAGAUGACUAAGGGUGCUGACAAAUUUGUAUCUACAGGAAACUAUAUUUUCAUGAAAGCUGUUUAUUCAUCUGAAGAACAAAUUGAAUGUCAAAUACCAUCAGCUAAAGUCUUUGAAGUUUCUGUAAGCAACGACAACUCCACCUGGUCCAACAGCUUUGUGGUUGUCACAUUUAAUUCACUUUGUGAAAAAUGUACUGAAACGAAAUGUUCCCCAAGGACUGACAUCUGCAAAAUUAACAAUGAAUGUUAUGAAAACUUGGCUAUAAAUCCAAAGAAUGCUACAUUGACUUGUAACGUUUUAGUCUCCAAAAAUUCAUGGCAACUCAUUGAUGUUAAUAAAAUCACAGUUAUUCGACUCACCUACCUGAAAAUAAUCCAAAUGAUCAUUGUAACACCAACUUACAACCUAACUUUUACUGGAAUCGUCAAAAUUGUACAAGGUCCUUUUGGUGGGGAUGCUCUGUUGCUCGGUGGGACUAACCAGUCCAUUGAUAUGGGCAAAACAUUGAAAUGCUUCCGUGGCCAAGAAAACGAGUGUAAUGGUGGAUUUACGGUGAACUUCAAUAUGAAGAUAAUCACUUUGAAAGAGGACAUGACAAUUUUCAGUAAUGGCGGUAGAGGACUGAAUACUUCAGGAACAGCAAUGUGGGUGUCGAAAGGAUUCUUGUUCCUCACAGUAAGCACAGCAGAAAGACAAUGGGUUGUAAAGACAAACAAAUUCCGUGUUGGAGUAUUUAUAACAAUAACCUUCAGUUGGAGCCAACAUAAUGGUUUGGUAUUGAUGAUCAAUAAAAAGAUUGUUGCUAAGCAAUCCAUAUUCAUCAAGCGUGAAGUAAAAGGUACUCCAGGAGGAAAUCUUCUUAUAGGAACAUCCAUUAAAAAGAAAUUCUUUGCUCACAUUAUCAUUGGUAGCUGGACCAUUACACAUGCAAGAAUUGAAACUAUUCAAGAAGCCAAUAUAAAGACUGAACAUCCAACUUUCAAAGAUGCACCUGAACUAAAAUGGCAGAUAAACAAUGGAACCGAUGAGAUCAAUUUCUUGUGUUCUUUCCCACCUCAUCCAAAUGACAAACAACUGAAAUAUUUAGUAUUUUGGUAUCUGGAAGAUAAAGAACUUGCAUCUGUUGCUCCAAUGCUGCAGAAUGGUUCCUACCAAGCAUCACUCAAUGAAAGUGACUUAACAGGAAUGAAGUAUAAAGAUGGGCUCACCUGUGCAGUUUCUGCUUGCUACAGUUCGAAUUGUGAAAACUCCCAAGGACCAAAACGUCACAGUCUUGCACUCGUGGCUGAGAUUAAGAUUCUUUCAAGCAAGAUAAAAGUUGUGGAAGGUAUGAAAGCAGGGUAUAUAGAAGUAAAAUCAAGAUUGCCACCACGGUUAAUGUGCUCAAACAGCAGUUGCCAUUUCUAUGUAUACACCAAACUUGAAAAACAUCCAAAAGAUUUUAAAUGUGAGGGUGAGGUAAUCCCUCAACUUGUAUUCGGUUACAUGGAACAUUGGCAUGUUUCUCAGGAAGCAGACAGCUCCUCAGAUAAAUGCAACUUUGCAAUCACCAACAAGAACUGGAAAUCAGUUCUACAAAUUCCUGUCAUUGCAACAAUUGAUGGAUUACGAGACAAACAGCAGAGUCGUUGGGUUUCUAUCUCAAUUAGCAACAGCGAGCUUGAUAUAAAAACCAAAAUUGGACGAGUCCAGGUGGAUGUUGUGGACAGCAACAAGAAGGCAGUCUGUAAAUCAAUCAAUGAUCCUCAUAUAACAACAUACGAUGGAAGAUUCUACAAUUGCUUUUUCGAGGGUGAAUUUGUAUUAUAUCAGCAUCAAACAUUACCAUUCGCUGUGCAUGCUUUCUAUCGCAAUUGUAACGGACAUGCAUCUUGUAACUGCGCCGUUGCUGUUCGCUCAGGAGAUGAUGUCAUUUUGAUAGAUCAGUGUGGAGCCAGAAAGACCAAGAAACGACGCCCACUGAAAAUAGUGCUUUAUGUCAAUGGAAUUCUUACACCAAACACAAAGAUUCUGAGUUUACGUGGUGGCCUUAAAUACAAAAUAAUCUUACCAACUGGUACUUCUGUCAUUGUGGCAAAAGGUAGAAAAAGAACAUCACAGUUCAUCAAUAUUUGGGUCCAACCUUCCCCUGCAGAUAUGAAGAAAACUGAAGGUCUUUGUGGUUCCUUUGAUAGCAACAAAAACAAUGAUUUCGUCAUGUCUAAUGGCAAGGUUCUUAUUGAACGUGGUAAGAGACCUGAUGAAUUUAGUCUGAGCUGGAGAGUGAAGAAAAAAGAUACAUUAUAUACUGGUUACUGUCCCCUAAAAGAACCCACCAAAACAGAAGAGGGCCAUGUCUACUGUAAUUGUAUGUCAUUAAGUGAAACAGAAUGUAGCUCCAACAUGGACUACCAGACAUGCGGAAGUAAACCAAGCAAGAAGUCUCACCGAAAAGUGAAAGAUAUCACAAAGAAGCUGCUUAAAAAAGCCAAGAUCCCAAAGAAAUGUAUUUCAAGACAAGAAGAAGAAACAUUUGAAUAUAACAGUACAUAUGUGACUCCAGAAUUCACCUGGCCUUCACCAACAAAGAAGAUAACAGAAACAGAAGCAACUACUAUAUGCAAAACAACAAUUGAAGGGAAAAAUUCCACCAAAAAUUGUCUCAAAAUUCUGCCUAACACCGAAUUUGCUAUGUCUUUAGACUCCUGUAUAGAAGAUAUUCAGAUUACUGAGGAUACUUCUUGGGCCAAAGAAGCAGUUCAGAGUAUUCAACAAUCUUGUAUCAUGGAAGUAGAAACUAAUGUGGAAUUGUGGGACAACAAUACGAAUACUAAUAAAAUCAUGGACAUGAUAUGUCCUAACGACUGUAGUGGCUUUGGAGAAUGUGUUAAAGGUGAAUGCCAAUGUCAAAAUAAAUAUUUUGGUGUUGACUGUUCCAUUCAGAAGGAUACACCACCAACUGUUUUCUCUCUGGACCCUGAAAUGUGUGAUGAACGGAUUACUGACUGCAGUGAGGUGGCAAUUUCGGGCGAAAACUUUGUACAGACCAAUACACUGAUUUGUCAUUACAACUUCUCAAAUGACAUGGGUUCGAAAUUUUAUAGCAAGAGUGCUACUUAUGUUACCAGUGAUCAAGUCGUUUGUCCAAUUGAUAGUUUAGGAAAAUACAAGAUCUCCAUAAGUAAUGACGGAAAUCAAGGCUCAGAUUCAAGCUUGAAUUACACACGUUAUAAUCCAGUUUGCUACAAGUGUGAUGAUCAAAAUUGCACUCAACGUGCUGACAUCUGUAUUAUCGACGAUAAAUGCUAUGGUGAUGGCUACUUAGUAAUGACAACAUCCUUCAUCUGUAACAUAAGGCAGAAUCGUUCUGCUUGGAGCCUCGUUGAAUCUGAAAAAAUUGAAACAAAGGACUGCAGUUUCCAAAAGAUCGUAGGCAAAGUCUUAGUAACUUCCACUCUGAACUUCACCAUCUCAAGUAAUGUGACACUUGUUGAAGUAACCAAGGAUGUUCUUGGAGCAAAUCUGGAAGGGAAAGAUCAGUUUAUUGCAGCAGAUGCAUUACAGACCACGUGUCUUAGCAACCCAGAGGGUUGUCGCUUGGGUAUAAGUGUCUCAUUCAUAACGAUUAUAAAAAGUAUAAAGGAAAAUAUGUUUAUAUUCACCAAUGGAGGAGAUGAUCCAGCAGGAACAGGUGUAGCAAUGUAUUACACACGAAAUCAAUUGUUUUUGACCCUCAGUACCAAAACUCAACAGUGGACUGUUUCCACUGGUAAACUAGUCCUAAACACCUACACAAACAUUACUUUCAGUUGGAGUGUCUAUACAGGUUUGAAACUGUUUUUAGAUGGCAAAUUGGUAUCAGAAACAGAGAAGUAUCUUCAAAAGAACACAGCCUCAACAGCUUCCGGAAAGUUCUUUUUUGGCACAUCUUCAACAAAAUUGGUCUUUUCUGAAAUUGUCAUUGCUGAAUGGAAAGUGACAUUUGCAACUAAAGAAAUUGCCUUGCGAGCUACAGAUAAUGAAACUGUCACAGUAAUGCCAACAGAACCAACCACAAUAGAAACUGAACUACCAACAGAACCAACAGAUGUUACAGGGCCAUCAUUAACAACACAGGUGACACAGACAGAAUUAACAACAACAAAAGCUUGCCAAGGUAACUUAACUAAACCUGGAGCUCCUAGCGUGUCAUACGCAAUUAAUAGUGACCAAAACGCUAUUACAUACACGUGCAUAUUCACUCAGCUCCAACCCUUACCUAGUGGUGAGGUGAUAAGUUACAAAGGUAUUUGGUCCAUUGGUUCUAAGACUGUCGAAAAAGAUGUUUCAUCUGGUGCAAAGACUGCGCUUUUCCAGUCAAGUGAAAUCACAGACACCGAAGAUGCUUUUAAAAACGGGGUUUCCUGUGCCAUCAAGGCUAAAUCUUCAAUCCGUUGUGGUGAACCAAUAUCUCAACGAAGUAAUGUAAUUAUUUCUGAAACUAAGAUUGAUAAUACGACAGAUAUUAAAUUAAUUGAAGGAGAAAAUCCAGUUUCUCUAUCAGUUAGCAUCGGAGUUGAACCAAAUUACAUCUGUAUCUUGAAGUAUGGUAAAGCAUGCCAGAUAUCAUUCAAAGCAAGUAUAACAGGUUCAUUUUCUAAAAGGAAAUGUCCAAGAACUUCUGUAGUUGUUCCACUGGUUGUACUAUACAGAGGAAACAAUAUUGGAGGUCAGCCAAUCUGUGGUACCAAGAUGUCUACUGGAUUCAGUUCCAUUACAUUACAAGCUCUUGUUGAUAGUGUUUAUACGAAAAAUGUCAACCAAGAAAUCAAGAUUGUAGAGGAACAUAUAGUAGGUGACACUAAAUAUGAAGUGAAAAGUGUAACGAAAAAAGUAUCAAUAACAAAUAAGGACUCAAAGAAGUUUAUCAAAGGAAUAUGUAAAAUCACAGGAGAUCCCCAUGUAAAAUCUUUCAACCAGAAGUAUUACAGCAGCUACAUGACAGGUGAAUUUAUUGUCUACCAACAUGACACGUUGCCAUUUGAGGUCAGAGCUUUCUUUACAAGAUGUGGCCGUGCUUCUUGUACCUGUGCAGUCAUAGUUCGAUCAGGAGAUGAUGUCAUCGUUUUCAACAAAUGCCAGUAUGCUAAUUCUAAAUUUAAAGCCAGAACAUUACCUGUCAAAGUCAAGACAUACCUCCAUGGUGACCUCACACCAGCAACCAAAAUUUACACAAACGUCUUUGGUUCUUAUUAUGUGGUUGUACUACCAACUGGAAUGAUUGUGAAAAUUAAACCAAGAUUCCAUGCUUUUAUGAACCUUUAUCUUGAUGCAACAGCUAAAGAUUUAGAGAAGAGUAAAGGUCUUUGUGACAAGUACACAUUGGAAUCUCCCAAUUAUUUAACUGGUAAAACCAAACAGUUCCCAAUUAAAAAGCUUCCAAAUGGUUUUAGUAAAGAAUGGAGAGUCACAGGUGAUUCUUAUUAUAAUGGCUACAGCAAGAAACUGGAUUUUGAUGUUCCGACUUAUUGUACUUGUGUUGAUGCAACAGUGGACUGUAAACCAUUUGGAGAUGCAAUCGGCUGCCCCCUACGCAAAAAAUUGAGAGACAUAACUAAGAACAUUCUUGAAAAUGCUGUCAUCAAAACUGACGGAUCAAGCUCAAGGAAGAAGCGGGCAAUUCAAAAAAGUGGCUUUGGAAAUUAUGAUCCUUCAUUUGGUAACAAUGAUGUAAGUUGUUCACAAAUUCUGAUAUUUCUUUCUCUCUCUCCGAUCUAUCUAUCUAUCUAUGUAUAUAUAUAUAUAUAUAUAAGUUCAAAAAAGGAAAAAGACAAAAAAACAAUGUGAGGACGUGAUACAGAUUGUGUUACUGGACGCUCGGGAAAGGAAAGAGAGUAUGACGUUUCGAGCGGAGCUCUUUGUCGGAAACAAAGAAAGUCCAAAGAAUGGGAAAACGGAGGAAGAAAAAAUCGCCGCCGAUAUCCACGAGGUUACAUUGUGGAAGGACCAUGUAUAUACUGUUGUGUCUGGGGAAAGUCAUUCUCCUUUAGUGUCUUAUAAUUUAAA